CCUCUCUCUCUCUCUCUCUCUCUUUUGAGCAUGUCUGUUGCAGAAGAAAGUGAAAAAGCCAUGAAUUGUAUCUUCCCUUUUGCUUCAUCAUACAUCUCUCCCCUCUCUUGUGUUCUUACCCUCCAUCUGCUGUGAGCAGCUAGAUUUAAGGGUUCGUUGUUCCCUUUGAGCUGCUUUUCCUCUGCAUACCCUUUCACGAGGACCCGGAAGAAAAAGGAAAAGGAGAAAGAAGAAGCAAAAGACUAGGAGAUCCAGUUAUGAGAUUUCAGCCUUUAUGCAUGUUUGAUUGUAGUUUCUUUACAGUCGAGUCUCGUUGAGAAAAAGCAAAGUAGCUGGAGAGGAGGAACCCAAACCUAGCUUGAGGGAGAAAGAUGCCCUUGGAAGGGGUUUUCAUUGAGCAUUCUUCAAACCCAGCUCCUGAUCUUUCUUUGCACAUAAGCCUGCCUAGCGCAGGCCCUUCCUCUGGGUCAAUCCGCCAUGGCGCCAUCGACAGAAGAGAUGAGAGCUUCGAUCUCUCGAGCAGAGGUGAAGCCCUCAGAUCAAGCGGGGACUGCUCAGCCCGGGUCGGCUCACAUGCCCACACCGAGCUUUCUCUAGCACACCCGGCGAAUGCCACCAUCGGCAACAGCGGGAACUGGCGUCGGAUGAAUUUCUCCGUGGAAGCUAAAGAUGUGCUCCCGAAUAGCCCUUACCAGAAGGGUCAUAAUGGCGGGGUUUCUCCGGUCGAUGUGAUGGACAGCGCAAGUCCAAUCAAAGGGAUCCCGGUCUAUCAGAACCGUUCUCUCCCGUUCUUGCCCACGGAGUGCGCAAGAGAGAAGGAUCCCAAGUUUUGCCUCCCACAAGUGCCUUAUUCCUCUUGGUCACCGUCCAUUUUGCCUUCGCCGGCCCCUUACCUUGGUAGAAGCUUAAAUCCUUUCUCAAUCUUAAAUUCUGGAGUGCCCGAUGCUUCGUCAUCAGGAUAUCAAAUACCAGCGACGGCAAGAUUUGGGGGAUUAUCAGCUUACCAAUUGCACCAGUAUCAUCAUCACCACCAUCAUCACAGUCAGUAUGCAGUCAUCGGAUCAUCCGAGGCCGCACAUGGGAUGAUGAGAUCGAGAUUUGUGCCAAAGCUCCCGGUAAAGAGGAGCAUGAGGGCCCCCAGGAUGCGGUGGACGAGCACGCUCCACGCCAGAUUCGUUCAUGCCGUCGAGCUCCUAGGAGGCCAUGAAAGAGCUACUCCGAAGUCGGUUCUUGAGCUCAUGGAUGUCAAAGAUCUCACCCUUGCUCAUGUCAAGAGCCAUUUGCAGAUGUACCGAACUGUUAAGACAACUGACAAACCUGCAGCUUCCUCAGGCCAAUCGGAUGGGUCCGGAGACGAGGAUGUUUCGCCGAUGUGUAAUAAUGCGAGUGACCACAGCUCACGCAGAUUUGCCGAUCCAAGGAAGACACUGGACGGAUCCGCGCACCCUGACAUGGAUCCACAUUCCGCUACCACUCUAUGGAGUAACUCGUCAAGCGGUAGACCAGAGGUGUGCCCGCCGGCGAAUCCAACUGAUGAUGGGGAUGGACUCAGACAACCUUCCUUCCACUCCCGUCGAAGAAGUCUCCGAAUUGAGGGGUCUGAUUCGAUGCAGGGAUUUUUGCAAGCAACACCGAGUUUAGAGUUCACAUUAGGGAGACCAGACUGGCAAGGCAAGGAAGAUGACUAGAGUGCUUACACUCAUUAGAGUCUGCAUAACAGAUAAAAAGGGUUAAUGUUCUUGAUUUCGGACCACCGAGACGAGACUUUGUGAUUGUUGGUGAUGAGAUUGGAAUGUCACCUUCAGUUGGCAUAACCCGUCGCCUGCAAAAUCUUCGAAGUUAUCAAUCGAAGUAGCCAUUCUUCUGUUUUGAAUUGUUUAGUUUGCUAGUUUUGAGAGAUUGUAGGAUCAAAAGACUUAGCCAACUUCUAACUAUAAAAAUGUCCUCUUUGUUUUUCCAUCUCGGAUCAAAGAGUCAGAUAUAUAGGAUACGUAUAGAUGGCAUUCCGGUUCGCUCCAAAUUAUGCGUAUUCCAAUUUUCA